UUCUGUUCUGGCAGCAACUGACUUCCUGUUGGGGCUUCCUGGUUCCCACCCCACAUUCGGGGCACUAACUUCCGCAACAGAUAGACUUGGAUCCCGGGGGACUCGGACAUGGUGCCCCUUCUGCUCCUGCUGCCCCUGCUGUGGGGGGAAUCCCUGCAGGAGAAUCCAGGGUACAGGCUCCGAGUGCAGGAAUCCCUGACCGUGCAGGCGGGCCUGGGCGUCCUCGUGCCCUGCAACUUCUCCUACCCCUGGAGCUCCUGGUAUUCCUCUAUGGAACCCUUCAUCUAUUGGUUCCGGGAAGGGGAUGGCCCACACAGUGAUCCUGUGGCCACCAACAACCCGAAGAGGCGAGUGAAGAUGGAGACCCGGGGCCGAUUCCGCCUCCUCAGGGACCCCAGCGACAAGGACUGCUCCCUGAGCAUCAGAGACGCCAAGAUGAGCGACACAGGAGUCUACUAUUUCCGGGUGGAAAGAGACGAUGUGAAAUACAGUUACAGAGAUAAGAAGCUGAAUUUGCAGGUGACAGCCCCACCAGGGAAACCCUACAUCCUGUUUCCGGAACCUCUGGAGGCUGGUCGCCCCACAAAGCUGACCUGCACCCUGUCACUAGCAUCUGGUGAGGGACACCCUCUCCUGUUCUCCUGGGUGGGGGAGGCAGUUGACAUCAUGAACCCAGACACCCUCCACUCCUCGGAGCUCACCCUCACCCCAAGGCCCCAGGACCACGGCACCAACCUCACCUGUCGGGUGACACUCCAAGGAUCUCAGGUGACCCUGGAGACAACCAUCCGGCUCAACGUCUCCUAUGCUCCACGGUUGGUGACCAUGAGAAUAUCUCAGGAAAGCUUGACAGAUCUGAAUGGCACGUCACUGCCCAUCCUGGAGGGCCAGUUCCUGCGCCUGGUCUGUGUGGCCGACAGCAACCCCCCUGCCACGCUGAGCUGGCUCUGGGAGGGAAAACCCCUGAGUCCCUCCCAGCGCUCAGCCCCCGGGGUCCUGGAGAUACCACGUGUCGGGGUCGGAGAUGGAGGAGAAGUCGCCUGCAGAGCUCAGCACCCACUGGGCUCCCAGCAAGUUUCCUUCAGCCUCUCUGUGCAGAAAAGACCCCCUCCCUGCAGCUGUGAGACUGAGGAGCAGCAGGGCUCCUGGCCCCUGGUCCUCACCUUGAUCAGAGGGGCCCUCAUGGGGGCUGGCUUCCUCCUCACCUAUGGCCUCACCUGGACCUACUACACCAGGUGUGGCGGCCACUAGGGAGCUGGGCUGAGGGGUGUGGCUGAGCCUGGCUCCCUGUCAUGACGAGAUUCACCUGAGGAUGCAGAGCCCAGAGGACAGACGUGGGGACAUCACUGUCUGCUUCCCCCUGGAAACUCUUGAUUCCAAAUCUGUCUCAUUUCCACCCAGGGGUUUUAACCUUUUAAUUUGUAGAGAUGACUGUGUUAUGACACAAAGAGUAAAUUCCAUUGAAAAGAGA